AAGAUCAGUUGCAUUUCUUUUACAAGCCUCCUUUUAUGUUGGUCCAGUCUGGAUCAAAGCAUACUUCUAAAAGAAGUUGGAUUCGAUGGAAAAGCUUUGAAGCUGAUAUCUCACCCGUAAUUGAUUGCACAACCACUACCUGAUGGGGUUUUAUUAAAGAAAGGACGAAGCCGAAAAAAUAGUUGCAGGCUGCAGCUACAGAGCAAACUAUUGAAAAUAUCACCUUGGAAAUGCACCAUACCACAAAGAAUUCAUGAAAGGAGAACCCCCAAAACGAAAAGGUCACAUCCAGCUAAUCCCAAACCCAGCCCAUCAAAACCGAUCGAGCACCAGCUAGAUAGAUUCCUAAACUAGUUCCUAAACCCCACUCCAAAGUCCUAAUCCGUAUCAUAUUAUUCCUCCGUUCCCCGAGCUGCACCUCCACCGAAUCCAGAUCAUCAUCACUGCACUUUUUUCGUGCUACCGUGUACUUUGCUUCCAGACCCAGGAACCACACCAACCACUUCUCGCGUCCUCCAGCUCACUGGUGUUCAGUGUUCUUGCCAAGGAAAAAGAGGAGAAGAUCGAAUCUUUUUGCUGCCACUGUUCCUUUCCUGUUCUUCGUUCGGCGCCAUGAGCAGUAAGCUGCUUCGGGUCUACCCUUCCGAGCUCAAGAUCCCCUAUGAGAUGAAGAAGCAGCGGUCUUGCUGCAUGCAGCUGACGAACAGGACCGACCAGUUCGUGGCCUUCAAGGUGAAAACAACGAACCCGAGGAAGUACUCAGUCAGGCACAGCUGCGGCAUAGUGCUUCCGCGGGGCUCGUGCAAUGUAACAGUGAUUAUGCAAGCACCUAUGGAGAUGCUCUUAGAUCACCAGUGCAAGGAUAAGUUCCUCGUGCAGAGCGUUGUGGUGAAGGAUAGGGCGACGAUUAAAGACUUUGGGCCUCAAUUGUUCACUAAAGCACCAGGUAGGGUAAUUGAGGAGUUCAAGUUGCGCGUGGUGUAUAUUGCUGCUAAUCCUCCCUCACCAGUUCCGGAGGAAGAAGAGGAAGAGGAUUCAUCCCCUCGGUCAGAGGUGGUCUGUGGAGUGAAAACCUCAUCUACAUUUGAUGCUGAACAUAGAUGUAUAGGUGCUUCUGCUGCAGAACCCUCUUGUCCUGAGGGUACCUCUGUAAUAUCGGAGCUGGUUCAAGAGAGAGAAUAUGUAGAUAAACAUCAGAAGCUUCAGCAAGAUAUGGAACUGCUUGGGGAGACAAGGUCAUCUCAACAGGGAUUCUCACUGAUGUUUGUAGUGUUCGUCUUCAUGUCAUCUAUGUUCAUUGGGCACCUGAUGAACGAAAUCAAGGUCUAGCCAAAUACCAGUUGUAAAAAGGAAGGAUCUGCAUUUCUACCAACACCGCCACCGACUUGAUAUUGCAUUCUCCGUAGCUUCACUCCCUAUAACAAGCAGUAUUCAGAAAGGGUUCUCAGGAUUUCCUGAGAAUUUAAUAUCUAUGGAGAACCAUAUAUCACUGUUAAUGAUAGGCCAUAGUACAGAAUUCCCUAGUAUGAUUUCCAGACUAGCAAAGACAUGGUUCAAAUUUGCAACAGGGGACUGGGCCCUGUUGACUUGUUCUAAGACAUUAUGACGCAGACUGAUGAAA